UGGGAGAGCACGGGACACGCCGAGAUUGUCUCCUGAGGGCCGCGAGGAGGGUGCGAGGGACACGUUGAGGAAGGUCUGAUUUCUGAGACAGUCAAGAGGAAAAUAUGAAUAAUUCUAGGCAGCAGUCUCUGUUCUUCAUCACACUUCCAGAUUUAAACAAACUCUGUGCCGUCCGAAUAAUACUGAGUAAUAAAAUGGCAGAUACUGAGAUUAGGACUACACAAAUGAAGAUGUGCAGGCAGUUGCUGUUUUUGCAUGAAGAUAUUCUUACAUCACCUGUGUCUGGAAUAUUAAACCAAAUUUGGGUGGUGAUGUCGAUACCAUUUUAUAGAGCAAGAAAACUUAAUGCCUAUGUUGAAAAAUAUGGAGCUAAGAUGGAGAUCCCACAAAGAGUAAUUCCUGUAAUUCUUCAGAACUGCCUUUCAUAUUCAUUCACGGCUAGACUUGCUCCAGCCUGGAAUAGAACUGGCCAUCUAUUGAUACAAGGAAGAGAUUUUCUUUCUCAGAUGGGAAAACAAAGUGCUGUUGUAUUAAACAUCAACGUAACAGAAACUCAAGUUUGUCUAAGUAUAGAAGCUUGCACAAUCAGACUACCACCACCUGAGCUAGAAGAGUUUGAGAUUUCCCAGAGGAUUAUAAAGGACUUUCAUACUAACAAGCAUGCUGUCAUUAAGAGACAUUCCAUUUUAAGCAACUGGUGCUACGUUUUGCCGAGUAUGAAAAUGGGACAGAUUAUAAAUAUUCUUCAUGCCAUCCCCCCUGGCUGUCCUUUUCGCUCAUAUGAAGAUUUCCAGAGACACUGGGAUGUCCUGUAUGGCUAUAAACUUCCAGAUGAUUGUAGAAAACUUAAAAUAUACUGCAACAUCUAUUUCAAAAUGCUCGGAGAAAGGACCUUCACAUAUCCUCUCAGUUGCAUCAGAAGUCAGCCUGUACAGUUCUUUCCAAGAGUAGAUUCGGAAGUUGUGUUGAAAAGUUUUCUUUCAGAUUUAAAAUCUAAACUGCACCAUAUAUGUGGAUUUCCAAUAAAGAUGACAAGUAAACCGUGCUACUACACACAAGAACUAACUAAACCUAGUAUACAGGAAAACAAAGUCAAGCCACCAAAUUUGACCACUAAAAAAAUGUUCAGGGCAUCUCUGACUCAAGCCACUUCCAUAAAACCUGCCUGUGCUCAAAGUCUUCUACCAUGUUCAAUAGCAGUGGACCACAAGGUGGCGCUUUCAGUCAGCCUGCCAACAUCAGGCAUUUUCUCACCUUUGCAUCUCCAGCCAGAGUCUGUUCAGGGUAGAAAGAAAUCCCUGCCUAUCAGGGCUCCACAAGUACAUUUGGAAGUAUUAAUGCCCAACAGAGGAAAUACUGAAGUUCAACACACAAAUCUUAGCUCCCAAAGUAAUAUCACUUCCAAAUUUGUACCAGUUUUCAAAAAUAAAUUGUUACAAAUAAACAAAAAUACCUCAGUACUUGGCAGCCCAAAAAGAAAACAGCAUAUUGUGACACAAUCUAACUUGUAUUCACUCAAAACUAGUAUGAUCCAGCAUGAUAAACUCAAUUUAGGUCCAGCUAUUAAAAAAAGAUCUAAUAGUAACAUUCAGAUGCAGGCUGCUAGCAAUUUAAAUCAGGAGAAUUCCAGACCUCUGCAAGAAAAAAAAAUUAAGUCCUGUGAAAAUAUGACAGAAUUUUCCUCUUCUAAUCGAAAAUCGACUGUAAGCUUAAACAAAAGUAAGCAACUAUCUAAUAGUGCAGUAUUUCUGAUGUCAAAUAACAAUUUAGGGAUGAUAAAAAGUGCUGUUGACUUCCAAAUGAAUGGAAAAGAAAAUUUAACAGACAAACAUAUAACACAAAUGUUAGGGAAAAGCCAUGGGUCACUAAAACUGAAAAGACAACCACACAUUUUUGAAUCAGCUGGAGAAACAGAAGAUCCCCGACUGCUACAGCAGCAAUCAGAAAAUCAAGCUAAAGAAGUUGGUACAAGUGACCACACACUGAUAGUAAGCAAAAUAGCCCAUAGGUCUAAGAGAAAAUUAUGUCCAGAGUCUUCCAAAACUUCAAAGAAGCAUCAUUCCAUUACUGUGCACUAUGACCAAUCCAGUUCUUCUAAGAAGCAGAUGCUUCACUCAGAUAAGUCAAAACCUAAGAAAUCUCUCAUCAUUCCUAAUGCUUAGAACAUGGACCUGAAAGAAGAAAAUGUCUACCAGAGAUGACCAUUCUGAACAUACAAUGAACACUCUUCCAGAAGUCUCUCACACUCCUGUGACCAUGAAAUCAGCUCUGCAUACUACUGUGGAACCUCCUUUUUCCCUCAACAGUUUCUUUUUAAUGUUUGCAUAGCAUUUUGUUAUAUGUAGGUGUACUGUAUUUACUAGUCGCUACUGAUUGACACUUCAGUUGUUCCCAGUUGUUCACUAUUACAACAAUGUCAUCUAAAUAGUCUCAUGCAGAUCUUUGCAAAACAUCCAAUGAUCUUAUACAGUAAUUUUGAUAGUUGAAAAUAUCUUUAUUUUGCCCUUACUAUUAUUGAAAUUUGAAUUUAUCAUUUUUAUUGUCAAAAUUUUCAAACCACCUAAAGCACAGAUAAGAGUAUGAAGAAUCUCUAAGUACCUAUUGCCCAGAUCUACCAGUUAUUAAUAUUUUGUCACUGUUUCAUCUGUUCCUCACAGACAUGCUCUUUUUUGCUGUAAUCUUUUAAAGCAAAUUCAAGACAUCAUAUAAUUUUACUCAUAAACACUAAAAUAUAUAUUUCUAACAUAAGAUAUAGUAUAUUUUUUCAGGAAACAAGAAUGUAUAUAUAUAUAUUACAUUUUGGGGAUCUCUACUAUAUCUCUGCAGGCUCGCUAAAUCUCACUUUUGUUUUUACAUUCAAACUAACAGGAAGCCCUGAAUAAAUGUAAAACCUAUUUCUCAACAAACUAGAGUCUUUAUUGGGGUGGAGAUUUCUGUUUUCACUAAUGCUCCUUAGCAUCUUCUGUGUGCCAGGCAGUGGGGAAAACAGUGUCCACUCCAGAAAUGGAUGAGAGAGCCAUGGCCUGAGCCCUGAGGGCUGAUGGUCUAGUCUCAAUCAAAUUCAUUCUGGGUUCCUGGCACAGACUUAGGAAUAUGUAUGUAUUGAAGCACAUGUCCAGAAUGACCUUCUGCUCCAUAUUACAAAUAAAUUAACAUUUGAAAAAACAGAGAAAUAGAAAUGCAGCUUCUCAGUCGAUAUUAUUCUGGCUUUCAAACAUUUUAGAUUUUUAAUGUACAAAAUAUUUGUUGCAAUAUAUUUAAAAGAAACAAAAAAUCUUCAUUGGACAUUCCACUGAAACAAUUAUUAUAUAAAAAUAGCCAGUAGAGAUCCAAGUAUAAGUAACUCUGAUCUUGUAAAUGUGAUUUAUUGUUUCCACCAUUUCACUAAACCAUUGCAAUUAAAAGCAAAAAUAAACACAAAGUCUCCUUCAAACAGUAAAUGUGACUCCUCCUCCUGAAACUGUGUUUAGUUAAUUAAUUUGCUAUAUACCUUUAAGCAUUCUGUUUUCCAGAAUUAUCUCUAUUUCCCAAUUAUUUUACCAUUUUCAUAAGGAUACACAUUUUGUCUAAAGCCCAUUUUUGAGUAUGGUUUUCUCAUUCUCAAGUUUGCAUUAUAGAUAUCUAGUAGACUUCUAUAAAGAGUGGUAUGUCACUUUGUGAGGCUGUGGUGAAAAUAACAUUGGUAAAUAUGCAUAUUUGAUGAGCACAGUCAUCCAAGGCAUGUAGUCAUUCCUGAAGCCAGCCUUCCCCACUGUUCCACAUACUCCCAGGCUGCCUUCCUGCUACUGCCCACUCACUAUGCCUCAGGUAAUGGAGACGUACUUUAUUAUUACACUGAGCAAAAUAAUGAAAACCAUACAUCCACUGCUGAAGUAGUAUGUAGCAUCUUCCAGUUCUUUAUGUAAGUCAUCUUGGUAGUCCCCUCCUAUAUUCCAUUACUGUCUAAAAUUUAGAAUAUAUAGUAUAGUACUUCAGUUAGAUCAAUGUUAACCUACAUAGCAAAACCUGCCAUGUUAAUAUUAGCCUAUUUUUUGUUCAAAGUAGGUUUUAUUUUUAUCUUACGAUAUUUAUCCUAAUGAAAGUUAUAAAAAUAUAUGC